AGAACACACACUGGAGAGAAGCCUUACAAAUGUAAUCAAUGUGGUAAAGCCUUUGCAAAAAGCAGUCAUCUCACGCGGCAUAAAAGAACACAUACUGGAGAGAAACCUUAUGAAUGUAACCAGUGUGGUAAAGCCUUUGCACAAAACAGUCAUCUCAUAAGCCAUAAAAGAACACACACUGGAGAGAAACCUUAUGAAUGUAAUGAGUGUGGUAAAGCCUUUCCACGAAACAGUCAUCUCAUAAGCCAUAAAAGAACACAUACUGGAGAGAAACCUUAUGAAUGUAAUGAGUGUGGUAAAGCCUUUGCAGAAAACAGUAAUCUCUUAAGCCAUAAAAGAACACACAUUGGAGAGAAACCUUAUGAAUGUAACCAGUGUGGUAAAGCCUUUGCACAAAACAGUCAUCUCAUAAGCCAUAAAAGAACACACACUGGAGAGAAACCUUAUGAAUGUAAUGAGUGUGGCAAAGCCUUUGCAGUAAACAGUCAUCUCAUAAGCCAUAAAAGAACACACACUGGAUAG